AUGAUGGUCCGUGUGAUUGAUAAUGAACAAGAAAAAUAUCGUAAAAGCGAGAAGUUAACCCGUGACAAAUUUCUACCAACCAUAGAAGCUGUGUUCAAAAUCGCAACGUGGUUUGGAAUACCAACAUAUGGUGGAAACGUUGCAUUCAGUUGGGCUCUGACUACCUUGGCGAUGUUGGCUGCUAUACUAACCGCAGCUAUUUGGAAACUAAUCCGAUUGCUUGCUGGACUUUCACAAAAUAAUCAAAAUGGAAAAAAUCGAGUAUCAGAACGCUUAUCUGGAUCAAUAUUUUAUGGAAAUGCGUUACUAUCAUUGAUACUUUCAUGGAUAUUUGUCAAAAAAUGGCGGAAUAUUUCUAUGAAAUGGUUGCGGUUGGAGACUCACGGACUACGUUUACCUCCUGAUAUGACUAUCAAAAGAAGAGUCGUGUUGGUGUCAGCACUUAUCAGCGCAUUUGCUUUUGUGGAACACAUAUUGAGUAUGAUAUCAGCGACCGGCGUACAUUGCCCCGUAGAGGAAUACUUAGAGCGGUAUGUUUUGUCUUCCCAUGGGUUUUUACUAAGACAAUAUGAGUACACAAUAUGGCUAGCGAUACCAAUAUUUAUUAUGAGCAAGACAGCAACAAUCUUAUGGAACUUUCAAGAUACGAUCAUCAUACUGAUAAGCAUGGGGCUAACAUCGCGAUACUAUAGAAUGAACUCCUUUGUCAAACGCGUUGUUGGUAAUGAGAAACGUGCAGAGAAAGAUAAAAAGCUUGGAAGCCCUUAUUGCUUUAAAAUAAAUAAUUGGCGUAAAAUCAGGCAAGCAUACGUGCGCCAAGCAGCUCUUGUACGUAGAAUUGAUAUGGAUUUGGGAGCUCUAGUUCUGUUGUCCACCUUAAACAAUUUAUAUUUCAUCUGUUUGCAGCUUUUUUUGGGUAUCAGGCAUAUAGAUGGAACACUGAUUAAUAAAAUAUACUACUUCUAUUCCCUGGGUUGGCUUCUUUUCCGCGCAUGCAGCGUGGUACUAUCCGCUGCUGAUAUCAAACUGCAUUCGAAGCGAGCGUUGUCUUAUUUGUACAUAUGUCCCAGUUCGGUAUACAAUAUAGAGAUCAAACGACUGCAAGAUCAGUUAAGUAAUGACAAAAUAUUUUUAAGCGGGAUGGGUUUUUUCUCAUUGGAUCGACAAAAACUAUUACAGGUCGCUGCUAUGAUUGUAAAAUACGAGUUAAUUUUAUUGCAAUACGAUUCAUAA